UGUUCACCAAUUAGGGCAAUUUUAGCAAAUUCCCCCCCAAAAAUAAUUGCAUAAUUUAAUCAGAGUCUACAAUUCAAUGUUUCAGAAAUCGACCACCACCGCCUUAAGAUGAUGCACAAUACAACAACAACAAUCGCAACCAGAAAGCAUCACCACGCGAAUAUUCCGAUCACUGAAGAAAGCGGCGUGCACAAUUCCGAUGAUCAAACCCUCAAAACCCCAGUCGGAGAGAACUCCUUAUUCCGGCAAAACUAUCCACUCUUAAUUCCGAUCUGAAAAUAGAAUCAUCGCCGCCGUCAAAUUUCCUCCGAUCAUCAGCUGUUGCCGCCCAUUUCUGAGCUCUCGCCGCCAUAAAUAACAGAUCUUUCAGGAACCUCGCAAAAAUCCCCAUUUAAUUUACUUCAAUCUUCACUCCUGGAAAGUGAAAUUGCGCUCGGCCGCCACCAAGCUGGGGAUUGGAAUCGUUGUUGAGCGAUUAUUGAGGCGGAAACAGAAGUCAAACGGAAAGCCCGUUUGCUUGGGCAAUUCGUUGAAGUGGUGUGGAAUUAAGAAUGAGCUUGUGGUAGUUUGGAAUUUGAGGUGUUCUUAUUUUUCUUGUUGUUGUGUGAAUUGUGGAGAAUGGGGUCCGAGGAGGUGGCUGCGGCUGUCACGUCGGAUUUGUACAGGGGGAUGUCGUCGGACAAUAUAAAAGGGCUGGUUUUGGCUCUGUCUUCAAGCUUCUUCAUUGGCGCCAGUUUCAUUGUUAAGAAAAAGGGAUUAAAGAAAGCCGGUGCUUCUGGCGUCAGGGCUGGAGUUGGAGGGUAUUCUUAUCUAUACGAACCACUAUGGUGGACGGGAAUGAUCACAAUGAUUGUUGGAGAAAUUGCAAAUUUUGCAGCUUAUGCAUUCGCACCAGCCAUUCUGGUGACCCCUCUUGGUGCACUCAGCAUUAUAAUCAGUGCUGCACUUGCUCAUGUUAUUUUACGGGAAAGGUUACACAUUUUCGGUAUUCUUGGUUGUGCUUUAUGUGUUGUGGGAUCCACCACAAUUGUCCUCCAUGCUCCACAAGAACGCGAGAUCGAAUCUGUGAAAGAAGUGUGGGACCUUGCUACUGAGCCAGCUUUUGUCUUUUAUGCAACUCUGGUGAUAGCAAUUGUCCUCAUUCUGAUAUUCCAUUACGUCCCACAAUACGGCCAGACACAUAUAUGGUUCUAUAUCGGUGUCUGUUCAUUAGUUGGUUCAUUGUCGGUAAUGAGUGUGAAAGCACUAGGAAUUGCAUUGAAGCUGACAUUGUCAGGAACGAAUCAGCUAACGUAUCCCCAGACAUGGGUUUUUGCGACGGUUGUCAUAGUUUGUGUCCUCACUCAGAUGAAUUACCUAAACAAGGCCCUCGACACAUUCAACACCGCCGUAGUUUCACCCAUUUACUACGUGAUGUUCACGUCCUUAACCAUCGUGGCUAGUGUGAUCAUGUUCAAGGAUUGGGACAGGCAGAAUCCAACGCAGAUCAUUACAGAAAUGUGUGGGUUUGUGACUAUUCUUUCCGGGACGUUUCUUCUUCACAAGACAAAAGACAUGGUCGCCGAUGGUAAUUCGUCAACUGGGACGAGACAAUCUAAGCAUGGAAACGAGGAUGGUGGUGAAGAAGGCAUCCCUCUAAGGCGUCAAGAUUCUUCAAGAACAUGAUGUUGCAUUUGGACUUGAUGACUUGUUUUUGAGGAGGAGGUCUAUGGGAAUAAUUCCAAAUAACUUUCGGGUAAAUUACAAUCGCCCCCGAGGUAAGGUCUAUUUACGAAAAAACUCUAUUAAUUUUCCAUAAUUAUAUCCAUCCACUGCAAUUUGUAAAAGAUUUCUUACAUUAAUUAACACCCUUUUGUAGGGGGUGGAUGUAAGAAAUUUACACACUAUAGGGGUUGGAUGUAAUUUCUCAAAAAAUAAGGGUUUUUUUUUUAAUUACACUUAACAUCUCCCUUUCAGUCACAUAUUUAACAAAAUCAGAUAUACAAUUGGAACCAAAAUUAUAUUUUCU